AUGGAUAGCAUGUUUUACUAUGCAAAUGCCUUCAACAACGGCAUUGGUGGAUGGAACACCUCAGCCGUGAAUUCCAUGAGCACGAUGUUCGAAGGUGCAGUUGCCUUCAACCAGGACAUUGGCAGCUGGGACACCUCAAGCAUCACAAGCAUGGGCAGGAUGUUCUACGGUGCAAGGGCCUUCAACCAGGACAUUGGCGGGUGGGACACCUCAAGCGUCACCAGCAUGGGCAGCAUGUUUUCCUGGGCAAGCGCCUUCAACCAGGACAUUGGCAGCUGGGACACCUCCAGCGUCACGAACGUGGAUAGCAUGUUUUACUAUGCAGGCGCCUUCAACCAGGACAUUGGCAGCUGGGACACCUCAAGCGUCACAAGCAUGGAAUGGAUGUUCUGCGGAGCAAGCGCCUUCAACCAGGACAUUGGCAGCUGGGACACCUCAAGCGUCGCAAGCAUGGACUGGAUGUUCUAUGGGGUAAGCGCCCCAAGCGCCUUCAACCAGGACAUUGGCAGCUGGGAGACCGCAAGAGUCAAAAGCAUGCAGAGCAUGUUCAGGGAUGCAGUUGCCUUCAACCAGGACAUCGGUAGGUGGGACACCUCCAGUGUGAUAAACAUGGACAGGAUGUUCAGCGGGGCAGCUGCUUUCAACCAGGACAUUGGCAGCUGGGACACCUCAAGCGUCACAAGAAUGAUUGGCAUGUUCAAAAGUGCGAGUAGUUUCGACCAAGAUAUCGGAGGAUGGGAUACUUCAAAUGUCAAAGACACGAGCUACAUGUUCCAAUUUGCGAGCGCCUUUAACCAGGCGCUAUACACGUGGGAUGUUGCAGGCGCCCUCACCACAGCCAUGUUCGAAGGUGCGGUGCUUUUUGAUGUGUCGCCCUGCGGUGCUGGCAUGACAUCCGCACAGAAUGGACUCGGCUGCAGAACAUUCCCGGCAGGGCGUUUCUCCUCUGAAGAUUCUGACACUUGCGAACAGUGUGGCCCGAACGAGGUGCCACUUCCGGACCUGAGUAGGUGCAUGGCUUGUUCAGCUUCCCAGUAUGCACCGCGAGGUUCGCAGACAUGUUUGCCCUGUCAGUGGCCUCUCCUGGUUGUGGAAGAAGGCUGUGCAUGGUGGCACCUGCCCGCAGCUGCAGGGUGCCUUGCCUUAUUGAUUGUGAUCUUGGGCUUCGUGUUCUCAUACCGUCGCACGAGGAGGGCUGCGAAAGCCGAGAAUCUAAUGGCACAGCUAUUUCAAGACCUGUGGGAUGAAGGUCCAAAUACAGCCGUGCAGUACCAGAGGUUGCUCCGUGGGCUGGGGGUUGACAAGGCCACUGCUGCUGGGCGCAUCCAGGAAUUCCGCCGGCUGCAGAGCCAGAGAGGCGGCGUGAGCAUGAGUUACCUCCUCUCAUCCGACUUCCGUGACUUAGCACAAAAGCGCACAGGCCAAAGCGACCCCACCUUCAAUGAGAUGAAAGAUGCCUUCUGGUUGUCAGAUGACCCGAUAGGGCAGAAGGUGAUCUGCCCCCGCGAUGGUCGAGAGGGCUGCGCGCUCGUCGACUGGAUCCCGCGCCAGCAUCGGCGACAGCAAACUCACUUCAUGUCCUGGACGUGGCGAUACCACCUGUCGCAAAUUACAAGUGCUCUUGACAUGCACAGAAGUAGCAGUAGCAUGCCCGAGCAGAUGCCGGAGGAUGUGUUCUUCUACAUGUGUUUUUUCGUCAACAAUCAGUUUAGGAUUAUCGUGGAGGCCACUGGCUUAGGAAGCGACAAUCUCGAGGAGGUGUUCGAAAGCAACUUACGACGAAUCGGUCGCAUGAUCGCCAUCCUAGACACUUGGGAUGAACCUGUGUACUUGACGCGCAUCUGGACUGUGUACGAGCAGUUCGUGGCAUCCAAAUCGGGGAUUGAGGUGAGGUUUGCAAUGCCCCAGCAAGCUUCCGAGUCGCUAGAGCUGCAAGUAAGUCGCGGACGCGAAGGUAUCAACACUGUGACGAAGUCGGUGAGCUGCGUUGAUGCGAUGAAUGCGCGCGCAUGGAAACAGGAGGACGAGAUGAAGGUGAAGCUACUCAUACAGCAGACGGUGGGCUUCAAGCAUGUCAACAAUCAUGUGACCGAAGUCAGGGCGACAUGGAUCGGGGACGUGGUUCGAGACAAAGUUCAGCGCGAAAUUGAUUCGGACCGCACCGGAAGCUUGAUGGAGUCGUAUACCGAUGUCUCCUUAAAGGACGACUACUUAGAGGUUUGA